AGCCCGCCCGGGCGCGCAACGUCAGUGGAGACCGGCAGAGCUCCAAGGGGGAGGGGAGAGGACCAGCGGGCACUGUCAUCAACGCAGGUCCCCGGGGCCCCGCCGUUCUUUUGGCCGACAGAUACCCGCUGGAGCUUCCUUAAAGAUCCCCGUUCAGCUCCAGCUUCCGAUCGCCAACGUCUUUUAGCAACUCCCCGUCACCUCGCUUUGACUGUCGAAGACUCUGGUGAAUACAAGCUGUAUUCAAUUCCCCCCCCCCAAGAGACAGAAGAGAAGGACGAAAUGGCACCCGCAAGAGCUUGCGCCGACGCCCUCCGCGCGAGCAGCAGCCGCCUCGGUUCCGUCGUCGCCCCGACAGCGGCUACGAGACGGUGCUUUGCUGCUGCUGCUGCCAAGUCGACGUUCUCGGCCCGCGUUACGGGAAAGAUGACGACGGCACGCCUCGGUUUGAGUGUUACUCCUGCUGCGGCGGCGAGGACGACGGCGGCGGCACGCUUCUUCUCCUCGGAGAAGGAAAGGGUCGAGGACGACUACCACCAGAUCUCCGCCAACGGGAGCAAGAUCUGGGACUUUAGCCAGAUGGCGGAGCUGGCCAAGGAUCCCGGCAACGUCGUCAUUGUCGAUGCCCGUGAACCAGGCGAACUCGUAGACACAGGCCGCAUCCCCACCGCAAUCAACAUCCCCGUCGCCACGGCGCCCGAGAGCUUCCUCAUCGCCGAAGAGGACUUCGAGGACCGGUACGGGUACCCGCGCCCGAAGAAGGAUACGGAGCUGGUUUUCUAUUGCAAGGCUGGCGUGCGGAGCCGGGCGCUGGCGACGCUGGCGCGGGAUGCUGGGUGGACCAAGGUCGGGGAGUAUCCCGGUAGCUGGCUGGACUGGGCGAAGAAGGGAGGGGAGGUUGAGAGGGGUGGGAAGGGGCCUGGGCAGGAGUAA